UAAAAUAUGUACUACUGUAUUCAUACAUCCUUUCUUCAUUUUUCCUCCAUUCUUUUAGUGGCAGAAACACCAGCCAGGAAGUUUGCUGUGGUACAGUGGUCAGAAGGAGAUGACAAGGGCAAGUUAAGUGAUUCGCUAUGAUGACACAAAAAUGGGCCCUGAUGGGCUUCCUUUAAGCCUGUAUCUGGCUUCAGUUGAGUGGCGACGUGGGAAGAGGCCACAAGGAGGUUAUCCUCAUUAUGCAGCUAAUGUGAAGUUUGUGACUGGUUCUCGUUAUGAGGCCACACGAAAAUUGAAUGAGCUAACAAAAAGCAAUAAGCCAGCCCCACAAACAAAGAGGAUCUCUGUGCCCCCCAAGAAGUAUGGGGAAGAAUCAGACGACACAGACACGGAAGUUCCUCAACAAACAGAUAAGCUUCUGUUUUGACCAGAGGUUAAAAGUCUCCCAGACUGAUCCUGCAAAGGAGUUUCUGAAGAUGUAUGGUGGGAUACCACAAACUUCAUCAGAUGAGAUCAACAACCUGAAAAAAUCUGUCUCUGCUUUGACCCAGAAAAACAUAGACUUGGAGAAAGAAUGCCAAAAGUGGAAAGACUUGGUUCUUCAAGAUGUGCCAGGACUCAUUUUUGGCAUGAAGAAGAUUAUAUGCCAGCCUGCCUCUCCCAGGACGCCCGGAUCAGAGGACUGUCCUUCACAGUGUCUUCCCUAUUUCACUCAGCCCACCUCCAGCCCCUCAUCUACUGUUUCAACACAGUCUAGUUCACCUUCAGCCAGCUCCCAGUCAUCAAAGAUGGCAAUUGAUGCUGGGAGUGGAGACAUGGAUACAACUAGUUCUUCACCAUCAAAGGUUGAGAUCUUCAAAGGCAGUGGUGUCAUGGUGGAUAAGCUUGCAUGGGCUUACGCAGUUAAUGCAAAUUCAUGUACAACAUUUGUAAGACAACUGCUUACAGCUGUAUUCCCCCCUGAAGUGCUUCUAGUCAGUAAUCUUCGGGGAACCAACAAGGGGAAGGGAGAGGCUCGUCUCCCCCUUGAGAAGACCAAAGUUGAUGCCAUCUACAAUGCAACUCUGGAGAGAUGGCCGGGUACCCCUCUGUCCUUGAUAGGGAGCAGCAUCAAUGGGAAGAUAACAGAGAUGCGGAAUAAAGUUAAGCAACAGAAAUGAGAACAUUGAAAUGUACGUUUUGUUCUUAAUAACACAGUUCAGUUCAUAAAUAUUACGUACAGUUAUGGACAGUAUGAAUGAGUUCAUUAUACCACUUAAAAUGGCACUUUAUCUCCUAAAUUGUGGGAAUGGCAGAAAGCUGCAAUGUCUGCCACUGAUGUUGAAAAUAAGUUUUUUUUCAUAACGACAUGCCUAACCAUCAUGUUUUUGAUAGGAUCAGUAAUAGUAGAUACAGUUAGUAGAAGUGCAAGGGAACUAUUUGUCAGUAGAGGUUUCAAAUAAAUUUGGUUAAAAUCCCUGUGUGUAUUGCUCUUUAAUCACACAAUGAUACUCAUACAAAGCAUAUAUUGUACAUAUAUGCAACACAUAUAGGAAACAUCAGUUUGUAAAUAUGUAUUACUCGUAUAUAAUUUCCUUUUAGAUAUCAAAAUCUUAUCAAAACCAUAUAAAAACUUCAUAGUUUCUAUAUACAUUUUAUCUGUGUUACAUACACAAAUCUAACAGUAAUGGUGGUUUAUCAUAUAGGAACAACACAAUAUUACUCAUGAAAAACAUAUACUUCACAUAUAAGAAGCAUGUAUUAUAUGUCAGACAAACAUAUACAAAAAUUAGUGUGUACAUGUGUAUAACAUAUAUAUACUUUUUCUUUCUAAUAUCAAAAUCUUAUCAAAACCAUAUGAAGACUGCGUUGUUUUUAUAUACAUUGCAUGUGUGUUACAUGCACAAAUCUGGUUGUAAUGGUGUU